AUGGCACCAAUUCGAGUAGGAUUGAUCGGGCUCUCUAGUCAGCCUAGAGAAAAAAGGGACGGUAUCUCGUGGGCUGAGAUUGCCCAUCUCCAAUACUUCAGAUCGACUGCUGAGUAUCAAAUCCGCGCACUAUUGAACAGCUCCGUGGAGUCGGCCAGGGCAGCAAUUCAGAGACAUGAAUUAGCUGUCAAUACAAAGGCAUACGGUGAUCCAAAUGCUUUCGCAAAUGAUGAUGAAAUUGACCUUAUUGUCUGCUGUGUGAGAGUGGAUAAACACUUUCAAACGGUAAAGCCAAGCAUUGUAGCGGGCAAGGCGGUUUAUGUAGAAUGGCCACUGGAGAGGAGUAUACAUGUGGCAAAAGAAAUGUGCGCACUGGUCGCACUUCACAAUGCAAAGGCAAUUGUCGGUCUCCAAGCCUCCUUUUCGCCUGUCAUUCGGAAAAUUAAACAAAUUAUUGACAGCGGAACAAUCGGAAGACUUCUCUCGAGCAGUAUUGUUGGGUCGCUGGGACACGGAGGCGCAACUGAGCCAAAGCCUACCUCCUUCUUUUUGGAUCGAGAGACUGGUGGAAAUUUGAUGAGCAUACAUGGUGCCCAUGCGUUAGAGUAUAUAAUAGCCGCUCUUGGUGACUUCACCACGUUAAAAGGUGCCUGCGCGAUACGAAGGCCCUUCAAAGAUAUCGUAGAUCCUAGAAAUGGGAAUCAAGUACUGGAAAAGGCUGUAAUAAAUACAGUCCCAGACCAUCUCCUCAUUCACGGUACGGUGCUGCCGUCGCAAGCUGUAGUAGCGAUUAUUUUCACCGGCGGCGAUGGAAUUUCAGGCCUACCUAUCUUGGAUUGGAGGAUUCAAGGCGAGUAUGGCUGGCUGAGAUUAACCUCCUCAUCAAUGGCGUUGAAUGUAGGAAGCUCUGACACAAAGUUGGAGCUGUAUGAUGCCAGCGGUAAGGUGAGAGAGGUUGCACCGGAUGAGGACCAAUGGAGCAAGCUGCCAUUACCUGCACAGAAUAUCGCCCGUCUGUACGAGGCUUAUCGGAAGAAGGACUGGUAUCCGGACUUUGAUUAUGCUAUCAAGAGACAUGAAUUAAUCGAGACUAUGUGGAGAGACUUCGAUCAAGCCGAAGGCAAGACUCGCUAA